CCAGCGUUACUAGACACGGAACACCAUUACCUUCCCACCAAGAAAACACACUUGAGAAUGUUUGCCUUCAGUAGCAAAUAUAUGCCAUUAUGAAUAAUUAUUUCUGGAAUUCUUUAAUUAGUGGGCCUGGAGUUACCAUCUUUGUUCUUUGCUUAUAUCUAAUACAAGUACAGACUGGUUCUGACAGUCUUUGGGAGGGAGUGCUGGAGGAUUUGAACCAAAUCGAAAAGACAGAGAUGGAUGUCUUUUUAUACACUGCAGAUGCAAAAUUUCCGGCUAAUUGUAGUGUACGUGUAAAGAAAUGUUUUGUUGAGGAGAUGAAAGUAAUUGUAUAUGAGUCUCAGCUUGAAAACAAUAACAAGGUUCGUGGCACCAUGAGUAGAAUUAUCAGAAUUGUCAUGGAGGAUUUAGAAGGCAGGCAGAACACAGAAAUAUCCCAGUGCCAAAAAUGUGAAACAUUUGAAGAAAAAAAUUAUGGAGAAUUUAUGGAAAGCUUCAGGAAGAAUGUACAAAGAUGGCAUAGAGAAGAUACUGAAGCAAAGAGGGGUUUUAAAGAAACUUUUGUAUCUUAAAUGCAAUUUCAUGUAUCAAAACUGAAGUAAAUUUAUAUG